AUGAAGAAGCUCUACCAUAAAGCGACGGUUCAUCCAACCCCACCGGUCAUCACCGACCAACUUUCCUUCCUUCCGGCCACCAUCCUCACCCUAGCAGCUGCUCUCUCAACCGAAGACAGAGAAGUCUUGGCUUACCUCAUCUACUGCUCAUCCGCUGCCACCCCACCAGCCUUUACCGGAAACCCAAAACGGAACACCGUUAAGAACACCGAUCAUGCUACUCUCUUCAACUGCAGCUGUUUCCGAUGCUACACGAGUUACUGGGUCAGAUGGGACGAGUCGCCGAACCGUGAACUCAUACAUGAAAUCAUCGACGCUUUUGAGGAGUGGUUGGCUCAGAGUAGUAAAGGUGGGAAGAAAGGGAAAGGGAAGAAAGAGAAGAGGAACAAGAAAGGGUUUGUGAAUAAGCGGUCUGGACCUGGUUACUCCGGUGAGUCGAAUCGGUCUGUGGUGAACGAGUCGGCUGAGAUGGAAUCGGUGGGAGAAAGUAGUAAUAGUAGUAGUAGCGGUGGUGGUGGUGGUAGUGAAAGUGGUGAAAGGGUGGUUGUUGUUGUUGGUGGUGGUGGUGAUGAUGAAGAGAAAGGGUCGGUGAGAAAAUUUGUGAGUUUUAUUGGAGAAAGAAUUUGGGGUGUUUGGGGAUAG